AUGUCUGUCGAAGAAUUUGAAACGAUACUAAAAGAGUUACCGGGACUAAAAGCUCCAGGAGUGUCUGGGUCGAGAAUCAAGAAACUAAAAGAAAUAUUCCUCAACAACGUGUCGGAAGAGUCGAAACUUGUGUCUAAGCUGUACUCGUGUUGUAAAGCCACGCCUGCCACACACAAGCUGGGGGCCCUGUACGUUGUCGAUGCGAUUGUGAGAGGACUGAUCGACCAGAUCUCCAAGUCAGAUACUACAGAAAUUACUGAGGCUUCUCCAGAAGGAACAGCCAACUCUGCCGUGUACAAGAUCCAGUCGCUGAUCGAGAACCUGGUGGACGACGCUGUGCCCGUUUCCAACGACGACGUCAAGGAGAAGAUCGGUAAACUUGUAGAAAUCUGGGACAAGGGAGACACUUUUGACAAGAAAAUAAUUUCAUCCAUCAAAGAUAAGUAUUUCCGUACCACGACUCCUCCGGGCACUCCUCCUAAGAAAAGGGUCAAGUUUGCGGUCGAACCAACUGUCGAGCCUCCUGCUCCUUCGGCCUCGUCGUCGUCGUCCAAAGACCCGACCUCUGUGCUGCAGGCUCUGGCCAACCUCGCAAAGAAGACUCCGUCUCCUGCCUCCGGCUCCGGCUCGGCCAAAAUGGUCUCGCCCCCACCCCCUCCUGCCGCGCAGCCUGUCUCCAACGGGACCGCUGCUGCUGCCGCCAGCACGGCGCCUUCCAGCUCCGACCCGAAUGCCAUUUUCCAGCUGCUGCAGAGCAUGAACAAGAUCUCCGGAGCACAGCCUAACUACCAGCAACAACAGCAGUACGACCUUCCUCCGCAGCCGCCGGUCUCGGCCAAUCAGAACAGACAGAACUAUAGAGAGAGAGACUCGAACCCGCUCGGGAGAAGGCAGCGGUCCCGGUCGCCAAAGAGAGACGCCAAGCCGGCCGGCGACCACGAGCGCAAUAUUCCGGGAACCCCCCACUACCGCGAGCGCAAGCCGUUCAUCGACCCGUCCAUCCCACAGGGCUACAUCAAGGUUUACUCGCGCACCAUUUUCAUUGGCGGUGUGCCGCACUCCAUGGACGAGAGGACGCUGACGCAGCAGCUGAGGCCGUACGCAGAGGUGCAGAGCGUGAUUCUGAACAGCGAGAGAAAGCACGCCUUUGUCAAGGUGUACUCGAGACAGGAGGCCGAGUCGGUCAUCCAGGCGUUCUCUGUGAGCCACCAUCCGUCGGGACUGCGUGCCAGAUGGGGCGUGGGCUUUGGCCCUAGAGACUGCUGCGACUACCAGGCGGGAGUGAGCACGAUUCCGAUCAGCAGGCUGACCGACGCAGACAAGAAGUGGAUAGUCACCGCCGAGUGGGGAGGAACGGGCGGCCUGCCGCUGCAGUCGGGGCUGUUUAUCGAGGAGCCGGACAUCGAGGUCGGGUCAGGCGUGUCGUCGAAGUCGAUCUCCAAGAAAAUGCCUACAAACUCUACGCAGAACGGGCCGAAGUCGGACGGCAUGCCGAUUGUCGGGGCCAGUCCGCCGGCUGGCUUCCAGAACUCGCCUCCGAUGGGAUACCCUAUGGUGCCUAACCCGGGCAACAUCCCAAUCAGCAUGGGCAUGCCCAACAUGGGAGGCAUGCCCGGCGUGGGGCAGCCGGGCGUGGACCAGAACGCCAUGCUCGCGCAGAUGAUGACCGCGAUGCAGCAGAUGCAGCAGCAGGGCGGCCAGCAGGCCGACAUGGGCGCCAUGUUCCAGAACCUGGCCAACAUGAUGAGAAGAUAG